AUGGGACGAUCAGCGUUCAUCUCAUGCCAUUUCACCCUCUACGGGACUGAUGACCGACAAAGCUUCCCUCUUCGAAGCUCUGGUAUACAUGUGAGUCAACAUACUCACGAGCUUCGUCCGCUGACGUGCAGUGAAUCACAGACCAAUACCAUACCCGCGCUGAGAAGGACGACAAUCCCUAUUUCACCUCUCGACCAGCUAUUGCGUUUCUGUAUGCGCACGACUCUAGGAACAGUCACCACUGAGCACCUUCAAUGGAACUUGAAAGAUGGUCGGUUCGUUUGGUCUGAGUCUGUUGGACGACCGUACGGUCUUGAAAGAUCGACAGCUGCGUCAACUAUCGAGACUUUUUUGGACAUCGCCACUGCGGUUCGCCGCCUGGAAAUCUUGAUCGACUCGUCAAGCUCUACUCCAGCAACGCCCACACAUCAUGCGCUACUACACGAACUAUCGACCAUUCUCACUUACGUCAAACAACGAUUGACCUGCUACGUGGAGGAUUGCGAUGGCUCAGGCACCUGUAGCUUUAUCCGAUGGUCUUCGACUCUCUCGGAGAUUCGAGAAUUAGGAGUAGUCCUGUGUGACCUCAUGUUCUGGCCUCUGAAUGGAAAGACGGCCGCAUCGCUCCCUACCCGAGCUUCGACCCUUAUCACUCACGUAUACAAUCACUUUUUCGCCCAUUAUUCAGUUGCUUCGCCUGCACGGAAACAUGGUGUCAUGAUUCUCUCCCUUGCCCAUCUUCUCAGCUACUCAUCCGGUCCACUUUUGAUUCUUUUGCAUCAAUGGGUCGGGCUCACCGAUGCCGUGGAGGAUCUCGACCACACUUCACAACCAUGGGCUGAUUUGGGCAUCACACGCACCGCCACACCGGGUGAGGAAUCUGGAUGGGAAUAUCACUUCUCGUCACGCAAAAUGCCAGGGUUCAUUCCCAAAGACGUGAGGCGUAAGCUUUUCGAGGCUGGUCGAAGCUUGCGAAUACUUCGAGAGGCGUCAGGAGGUCAACAUCCGCUUUGUUCUGGAAACUGGGAGAUCAAAACCGAAUGGUCUUGGGGCGAUGUUGCGGACGGCUCUGUAGACGUCAAAGCUCAUGUCCGACGAGUGAAGGCUGAAGUGGACCACUGGCGCCGUUCAGUCCGAGAUCGGUCUCGACCAUUGUCUGGAUCAUCGUCCGUACCAGUCCGUCGCACAGCUCGAAAAGAGCGAAAACGUCUUCCACAAGAGUUUCUCGACCAAGCAAAAUCCCCUCCGAGCCCAUUAUCGACCGGUAUCAUAGAUUAUCUACCUAUACCAGACACAGUCAUCGAUCCUGGUAAAGACGUAGAUCUCUGGUCACUCUUUCUUCAACCGCCAGGUUCACAUCUUCAGAAGACCGGAAAUCCCCUUUGGGCUCCGACUCCUCUCGACCGCUUGACGGAGUUUCUCGCUUUGUACUCUGAAUCUGACUCUCCCCUGCUGCCUUCCGAUAGCCCUACGAUUCCUCUCUUCAUCUCCGAACACCUGCUGUCCUCUCUUCUCACACACGCGGAUUUGGUUACGACCUCGCUUGUGUCUUUGUGCUUGGACGAUCUCUGCUUCUUGGAUCAUUUGAAUGUCUUACGAUCAUUUUGGCUCGCCGGAGAUGCAGCCUUCGCCGAACGUGUAUCCGCCGCGUUAUUUGGCAAGGACACCGCAGGUGCUGGUGAAGCCCUGGGUUUAGGUCGGAGAGCCAGGACUAGGGCUAGAAUGGGAUUAGCACCUGGUCAGAAUGGUACCGGGGAUGGAGAAUGGGGUAUGGGUCUGGCUAUUGGAUUGAGUGAACGUGCCAAGUGGCCACCUGGGGGCGCCGAGCUAGCAUAUGCGUUGAGAACGACUUUGGUGGAUGAUGAGAUGGAAGAAGAUAGGGGAAGUGUGUGGGAGAAGAUUGAGGAUAAAGUAUCUUUCGCCAUUCGGGAUCUACCCCAGGAUGAGCAAGAUGGAAGAAGGGCCAAGUGGUUAGAUCCCCAAGCAAUCGAGGCGCUUGAUUUUCUAUAUCUUUCAUAUUCCAUGCCUCCGACGAUACAGAUAUUGUUGCCACCGAGUAUCAUGGAAAGAUAUCAAUCAAUCCAUAAUUUCCUCCUUCGCAUCUGUCGGGUGGAUACUGUCUUACGUUCAAUGUACUUUGAUCUAAAUCAUUCUUCUUCUGUAUCUGAACCGAAAAUUGGAGUCGACCUACCUUCACGUCCACAAUCUCGAACUUCGAUUUCCCAACCAACGACUGAUUCACUUUCCCCUGGCAAAAUUGGGCAGAAGUUGCAUCUCUUGCGAUGGAAAAUGUCGCAUUUCAUCACUGCUCUUCAUAGAUACGUCAUCGAUAUCGCCAUUAACGUCAAUAUGGAUACUAUGAAUCGUCGUUUGAAUAAACUUCAACAUCAGCGACCUCGUCUGUUUCACGAUGAAAGUCGACCCAGAACGCCGAAUACGAUGGACGAAGGGGAAUACUUUGAAUAUCCUCUUUCCAUCUCUUCCAGCUUCUCCGAAGGUUCAUUCCAAGGUGAAGAAGACGAAGGCGGUAAUACGAAUCUCCAUCAAUUGCAUUCGAUACAUUCAUUGGUGUUAUACCACGAGGUCAUCCUUGAUCGUAUCAUCCACGCUUGUCUUUUGUCGCCUUCUCCGGGUCAAGAGGUGACUCAUAAAAUCCUCAUGAAAUUAUUUGGAGUGGUGUUGGACCUUGGGAAAGUGGUUAAACAGAUGGAACGACAUGAAUUGGAAAUCUCAUCGGGUGAAGAGAAGAUUGUCGGGUUGAGUAAGGAAUGGGAGGAGAAACGGAUCGUUUUCAUGCAUGCAUUGGAACGCCUUUCUCUACGUGCGCCGAAGGAGAAGAAGAUUGGUAGGAAAGGGAAAGGAGAGGAAGAAGAUCUAGAGUUGCUUCUUCACGACGAGGAGGAUCACGGGUCGUCGCUUGAUAAAGGGGUGAAUGAAUUACAAGAAUUGUUCUUGCGCUUGAAUCUUGGUCAGUCAGGGACCAGGGGUUAA